AUGACCCAGAUCUACACCAACACUUGGCUAAUAUGUACCUGUGAUUCGUAUCCUGUGAGUGUUUCGGAGGGGAAAAGUAGAGCCUGGUUGUUUGAGGAGAGACACUCAUUUCAACUUCAUUCGUUAGCUGAUCUUUACUUUUGUCCUCAGUGUAAAUCCCACAAAUGUAACAAUUGCACAUCUUUUACCAUUGAAUCCAAGUAUUGCCCAAAUUGUAUGGCAGAUCAUUCGAACUCAGAUUCGAUAUAUUGUACCAAAAAUUGCUUUUCUUGUCCCAAAUGCUCGUCACAUCUUGUUAUAAGUUCAACUACAACUCUGACAAAGGCUAAAAUCUUCAAGUUUUCAUGUACAUAUUGUGAGUAUAUUUACUCAUCUUCUGCAAUUGAUAAACCAAAAUCAUUGCUCAAAAUCCUUGAAUCGGAACAAUCUAAACAACAAAUGAUAGAUCCAUUUAAUACAUUCCUUGAAAAAUAUAAAAAUAUCAAUGCCCUCCAAAAUUUAACAACUGAAGCUCAGAAACUGCGCCGUCGUCGUAACAGACUUUCUGCUGAUCUCAUAUCAAAGUUAAAUGAUCUAAAUCUAAGUAAUCUCAGUAUGAAGUACGCUGCUCCAAAUAUGAGUGAAUCUGAUUCUCUUAAUUCCAAAAUUGAAGAUAUAAAACCAAUUUCAAUGGUGGAAACGGAUGAUGUAAAGAAUGCAGAGAUUAUUUCCAAUACUACUAAACUAUCUACAUUCCAAUCUAUUCAUCAAAGGCAAUCCAACAUCUUAUUUAAAGAUCUUCCUAAUCCAAAACUUCUCAUAGUAAAGAAAUCAUUCAAUUGUGGGAAAUGUAAAUUUCAACUUUUAUUGCCAGAACCAUCACCAAUUCUGCUUAAAUUUCCAAUCAAAUGGAAUGCAAUGGAUUUGAUUCCAAGAAUAAAGGUUUCUAAAGUUGAUAAUCCAACGUUUCUGAGACAGUUGACUGCCCUAAUUAGUAUCAUAAAUCCACAUAGUUGUUCUCAAACAGUACUGGUCUCAACAUUAUCAGAAGUUCCUGACCAAUUUUUAACUGGUGGUUCAUUCUCCAAAAUUUCAACCCGUUUCCCGAUAAUGAAGGUCAAUAUAGGUGCUAAGCAAGAAUCAUCUAAGAAGGAUGCAAUAUUAAAAUCCAUUCCAACUGCAUUUUUAACUGAAAAGACUGCCACUUCAAGAGCAGAACUACUUCUUAGAACUGGAUCUAAACUGUCUAGAUCUAACCCAGAUAUCUCACUUGAUAUAGAUGAAUCCUUUGACGACGAUAACAUCGAUUCAAACUUUGAACAGAAUGAAAACUGGUGUCUGAUUCCAUUGAAAUAUUCCUUGACCGGUCAAGGAACUAUUUCUGAUCUUCGAAUUCCUGUAAAUUUCACAGUAGAGACCUUGUUACAAGAUAAACCAAUUAAAUAUACUUUUUGGAGUGUCCUUAGCUUGGGAUCUCAUACAAUUUAAUUCUUCUUCCCUUAUUUAUUAUUUUAAACAUAUAAACACAAAUUUAGUAACAUUGUAUAAUUUCAUUACC